AAAAUGUCAAUGCUAGCUGAGCCUAGAAGAAAACAACGAAUUAGUGUUGACCCACAAAAUUUAAAUUGGGCAAAUGAUGAGAAGAAUUUUGGAAAGAAGUUGAUGAAACAAAUGGGUUGGAAAGGUGGUGGAUUGGGGCCUGAAGGUGUUGGUAUUAAGGAUUGUGUUAAAACAAAGGCUAAUAAUGAUCAGAGAGGUGAGUGACAUUGUUGUUUUUUUGUAUUUUUUGUUCUCGAGAACUGAAAAGUUUUGGGCCUUUUUUGGGAUAAGGAGAAAUUUCCUCGUGUAUAUUCAAAUAUUUAUGGUCUCUAUUUCCCUUUUGUUUCCCCCAAAAAAUUACAGUGAAGGCCUGUACUCGGGAAUUGUCAAAAGUUUUGGGUAUUUUUUGGAGUUUUUCUUUUUCCUGUCUAUUCAUUUUCCUCCUAUUUUUGCUCCGAGACCCUCUUAUUCCUUUUUAAAAUUUAAAAAUAAAAAUUUAUAGGACUUGGAUCAACCAAAGAUUAUUGUGUUCCCCAUCAUGAUGAAUAUGCAAAAAUUUUGGAAGAUUUGAAUAAAGCUAGGGAAAAUAAAAAAGAAAAUACUUCCGAAAAAGUUAAAAAGAAGAAAAAUCUGAAAAUAAAUUAAAAAAUAAUUUUGAAGAGGAUAAUGAAACAAGGAAUAAAAACAAAGAAAGGAAGAGGAAAACUGAGGAGAAUUUUUUGGAUUUACAAACAAACAGUCUUACAAUGGAUCAAUAUUUUGCACAGAAAAUGGCAAAAAUGAAAAAAGUA